UUUUUUGCGAGUGAUGUAAAAGCAAAAUCAUUAUCAGCAAAUAAAACGAAAGGAUAUUCGAGCCGAUAUAUUAACGAUUUUAAUGCAUCACAGUCAUUUGAACCUAUUUACGACUAUGACAAUACAAGAACGGAAGUUGAAAAAGUUUCAUAUCGACAAGAUGCGUCACGAAUUGAUGACAACUUGGAUUUGAUUUAUCCUGACCCUGAAGAUUUUCACAGAAGAAUGUUAAACAAGACGCGUAUGGUGAAUCAACAUAACGAUGACACUGUUAUUAAAAUAUAUACCACACGCAUACGACAACCAAAAAAGGAUAAGAUACGUCGGAUUAAUCACACGCAGUCAGUGGAUUUGAAUAACGAUGAUUUGAAUAGUCAUGACUUCAUUGAUUCCAUCAUGUUUAUUUAUUACUACGGAAAAAAUGUAAAAACAUGGAAAGAUUUAGGAGGGAACAUUGUGAUAUUGGGUGCGGGUUUUUCCAUUUUCGCACAAAUUCUUACCAUCAUCUUGGUGACAUUACGAAACCGAAGAAUGAGAAAGAACAACGCGUUCUUUCCCAUCACAAUGAACCUUUUGGUGAUGCUUUUCCUGUCCAACUUGUUGUUUAUUGUCGGUGUACAAUCGAAUAAGAAUGCGCUUCGUUGCGAGAUGAUCGCUUUAUUGUUGCACUAUUUGUACCUCACUACGAGUGUCUGGUGCUUUGUGUUCAUUUUUAUUAUUUACGACCUAAUAAUAAAUGAAUCGUUAAGAUUAAAAAUGCGAUUUAUUCUACUUAUGGCCUAUGCUGGUCCAUUAAUUUUUGUGAUGUUUUCCUACGCGGCCUCAUCAAACAGCCUCGAGUUUCAGAAAUAUUGCUUCAUGUCAAUACAUAAGAAUAUGAUUAUUAACUUUCUGGUUCCCGUUUUCAUUCUCAUUGUGGCGACAACUAUUUUUGGCACGAUAUGCUUGAAGCACAUCAAAGAUAAAAAUCGGGAUAUAUUGUGUGGGAGUAUUGAUUCAACAAGUAAUGCAAUAGCAAAUGGAAUUAUCAUGAACAAUGGACAGAAUAUUGACAAAUUCAUAACGGAUAAGGAAAUACUUGCGUCGUACUAUUUAAAGACUUCGGCAUUUAAUAAUCAGCUUAAGUGCUGUGAAGAUCAGGUUUGUAAAUAUAAACAUUCCAAAACAUAUUUGUUUUUUAUGUCGAGUUUGUUUCUAUUUUUAACUUUUGUUGUUUUCUUUUGUUUUGACACACAGCAUGAAGAUAACUAUUUCAAGUCAAAGACAGACAUUUAUGACUCAAAGUUUGACUUGGGUCAAUUGUCACUUGCCGAUUUAUCGGAUUCGUCAUCAACAAACAGCUCAAGUCAUGAUUACACAAACUUCAAAAAUGCGACAAAGUUUGCAUUGCUCUUCCAACCUGUUUUUGCCAUAUGUUGGUUCAUUGGUGUACUUGCUUUAGAAAAUAUUCAAUCGUAUGUCUUUCCCACCGUUUUUGCCAUCUGUUACAAUAUUCUGCUGUUUUUAAACACUAAUAAUGAGUCGUCGAUUGUUUUCACUGGUUCUGGGGUUUUAAAUCAUCGCAACGAUCAGAUUCCUUUGCUUUAUCAAACUCAGUUCAAUCAUCGCAAAUCUAUUGCAAAUUUAGAACUGACACAUUCUGAAUAUCAUUUUGAAAAACAUAAAAUUAAUAGUAGAAGUGAACAUGACCUGGUGUAUCAACAGAAACAGCAACAGUUUGGAACACUUUUGGCUAAUGGAAAAAUUGACAAUUUAAUGAAAUGUGCGCCUGGAAUAAGAUGUUCCUGGGACACUAACAUUGAUCGUGUCAGUACUAUUAGCAAUU